AUGAACGACGCUCCCUCCCAGACCGCUGUCGUGCGGCUCGUCACGCCUGACCCAGGUCUCACCGACUCACACCACGGUCCCGAGAACUAUCACUACUACCGCCGCAACACCUCUUAUGAGGACGGUGUCCCGCGGUACUUCAACAACCCAUGGCCAUCCUACCGCUCUCCGUCCCUCGGAGACGCCUACCGAGCCUACAAUCUCGGCGCGGCCAUUGCGCACCCCGAACCGCGCAAGCUGAAUGGGCUGACUCGGUCAAAAUCGAGCGUAUCCAUCAACGAGGGGAACCACGUCUACAAGUGCGAAGACGGGGAGGAUGCGCCGAGGUUGGAGAAGAAGGGGUGGAUGCCCGAGGCGACCUAUGUCCGGCCGGUGUUUGCGGAAGUGUUUGACGAUGAUGACGAAGAUGAGGAUUGGAGGGAUCCGCCCGUACAGGUCGUUCAGCCAAAGUGGGGCGGAGUGGGGGAUAAGGGAGAGAAGGAGACGGUCACUUGGUUGGGACAUGCAGGGGUGUUGGUGCAGGUGCCGUGGAGGAACAACGGGAGGGACGGGAUGUGUGGGGUCCUGUAUGACCCGAUCUUUUCGAACAGGUGCUCGCCAAGCCAGUAUGUCGGCCCUCACCGACAUGUAGACCCGCCGUGCUCGGUCUCGCUUCUGCCAGAGAUUCACGUUUGCUGUAUCUCGCACGAUCACUAUGAUCAUCUUGACUACUACACGAUCAUGGACCUUUGGAAGUACCACCACAAGACGAUCCACUUCCUCGCCCCGCUAGCUCUCAAGCCGUGGUUCGUCAGUUCAGGUAUCCCCGAGGACCGCGUCACAGAGCUCGACUGGUGGCACGAGACCAUCCUUACCUUCCCUUCGGCUUCCGCCUCUUCUGCCGCCGCUUCUGCAACGGACGCGCCGACCGCGUUGAACGGUACGGACCUCGCACUGAAGUUCGCCUUUACGCCAGCCCAGCACCGGUCUGGAAGGGGAUUACUGGACCAUAUGAAGACGCUCUGGGGGAGCUGGAUGUUUGGGGUGAUUGGGAAGGAGGAGUGGAGUGGGAGAGAGGAGAGGGGUAUGCAGGGCUGGAAGGGGUUCAAGUGUUUCUUUGGCGGUGAUACGGGAUAUCGAUACGCCACUGCUCCCGAAGGAGAUGACGACGCUAUCUGUCCCGCGUUUGAAGAAAUCGCAAAGCACUACGCCCCAGUCACACUCUCCCUCCUCCCCCUCAACACAGGCUCCUCCCUCCCAUUCCUCCGAACCAUCCUCUCCCUCUCUCUCGAUCAAUACACCCUGACCUCUUCGCAGCAUUGCAGCCCUGGCGACUCGCUCGAGAUCCACCGGAUCAUGCAGGCUGAGCGGAGCGUGGGAAUGCACUGGGGAACGUUUUGUGAUCGGGAUGAGAGCCGGGGGACGCGGGUGGAAUUUGGGCGUGGGAGGAGGGAGAGGGGCGUGGGGAAGAUGUGGGAGGGGGCGGGAAGGUUCGUGCUUGCGGAUAUUGGGGAGACUUUGGUUUUCCCCUAG